AUGGCUAGUCCUCCUGUUCUAGCUUUCGACGCCGAGGGCCCGCCGGUCAAAUUCGAAACCUGGCUAGAUGACCUGCACCUUUUCCUACAGCUCACUGCCAAGGAAGAUAUUACACUCGUCUCACAGUGGCAGACCCGUGACGCGCACGCUCGCUUUGCUAUUCGCAACUCCCUGCCGCUAGAUGAGCGCGAGCACUUCGGCCAGUGCAAGACUGCUAAGGACCUCUACACAGCUGUAGUGGCCCGCUACUCCUCACCCGCUUCUGCCACACUAGGCCGCCUCACUCUCCCCUACCUGUUCCCCGACCUAGCCUCUUUUCACACUGUCGCAGACCUCAUCACCCACCUUAAGACUAGUGAGGCUCGCUUUCGCGCUGCCAUGCCUGAUGAGGACCAGUUCCUCUCUCGCUCCCCCACUGAGCUCACCAUAGCCCUCCUCGAGAAGGAACUGCUUGCAGCCGAGGCUAGUAUCGUCGCUGUAGGCACCUCUCGUGGCGACCCCCGCGGCCCCUUCUUCGAGGGGUGCUCCCCUUCCCCCCUCCUCCCCUCUGUCGCCUCUGCUGCUGCUGUCGACCUCCUUGGUGCUGAGAAGGUCGGGGCUGCGUCUGCUUCAGGCGGACGACGCAGGGGCAGGAGUGGCAGGAGUGGGGGUGGUGGCGGAGGAGGCGGGGGUGGAGGUGGUGGCGGUGGAGGUGCGACUGGAGAGGCUAGUGGCGGCGGUGGUGGAGGUGACAGCGGUGUUGGGAGUGGUGACAGGGGCGGAGGUGGCAGCGGAGGCGGAGGUGGUCGUGGCAGCGGCAGGGGUGGAGGUGGCCGGGGCGGAGGCGGAGGGGGUGGUGGUCGUGGAGGCCCGGGGGGCGGUCAGAGUCAGCAGCCUGCCCCGACCCUUCAGGCCGCCCGUGAGUGGUAUGCGCGGCGCAGCGUCACCUGCCAGUACGUUAUUCGUACAGGUGACCGCACUGGCCAGACGUGUGGGGGGCCGCACCAGACGGAGCGCUGCUUCGCCCGCCUCAACGAUGCGUGGCGCACUCAGUUUCCUGGUGGGGGUGAGCUGCCGCGCUGGGCUGAUCUGCUCAGGAAGGGUGUUGAUAUUUGGGCACUUGACUUUGAUGCUAUUCUCACUGCCAUGUAUGCGAUGUCUAUUAGUGGAGAGGGUGCUCAGUACUUGCGUGUUCCGCCCGACCCGGGCAUUCAGGCCAGCCCCGCUGCUGCUCUAGGUGCUAGUGUGUCUGCUUCCACAGGUACUUCUGCAGCUGCUGCUCUAGGUGCUUGUGCGUCUGUGCCCCCUGGUACUGAGUCGACUGCAGCACUGCACACCUUCACACUGGACUCAGGUGCUUCUCGCUCUUUCUUUUGUGACCGCACUGUCCUUGAGCCUCUAGCUCGGCCGGUUGCUGUCUCUCUUGCUGACCCCUCUGGGGGUCCGGUCCUUGCGACCUCCUCCACCACCCUUCCGUGUCCAGCGGUUCCGUCCGGCACGCUCUCAGGUCUCUACCUCCCCUCGUUCUCCACGAACUUGGUGGCAGGUAGUGCGCUCCAGGACUCGGGUGUUCACCAGUUCACCCCUGCCUACGAGCGUGUGACUCACUGCACGUGUGCUCGGACGGGCCGCCACCUAGCUACUUUCACUCGAGAGCCGGGGUCUGACCUGUACACACUGACCACUGAGUCCCCUCAGGUAGCUGCGUCUGCGUCAGCGUCAGGUCAGCUGUCCGCCCCCUGCUCGUGUCGCUCUCUGGCGAACGACACCGUCCUCUGGCACCACCGCCUUGGUCACCCGUCUGUGCAGCGCCUGCGGGCCAUGCACAAACGGGACCUUGUUGCUGGUCUUCCCAGGGUGCUCCCUCCCCUUCCUGACUCCCCUGCUCCUGACUGCAUUCCCUGUGUCGAGGGGCGGCAGCGCGCUGCUCCUCACUCCUCCUCCUUUCCCCCGACGACCGCUCCCCUGCAGACACUCCACAUGGACGUGUGGGGCCCGGCCCGCGUCCGUGGUCAGGGUCAGGAGAGGUACUUCCUGAUAGUUGUUGACGACUACUCGCGCUACACCACGGUCUUCCCCUUGCGCGCCAAGGGUGACGUCCCUGGUGUUUUGAUCCCCUGGAUCAGCCGAGCCCGUCUCCAGCUAGGCGAGCGCUUUCACUCGGACUUUCCUGUCCUGCGCUUGCACUCUGACAGGGGUGGUGAGUUCGCCUCCGACCUCUUGGCAGCCUACUGUGCUGAGCACGGCAUUGAGCAGUCGUACACGCUUCCGGCCUCUCCACAGCAGAAUGGGGUUGCUGAGCGCCGCAUUGGCUUAGUCAUGGAGGUCGCUCGUACCUCCCUGACCCAUGCGGCUGCUCCCCACUUUCUGUGGCCGUUUGCGGUCCGGUACGCAGCGCAUCAGCUCAACCUCUGGCCCCGUGUCUCCUUGCCGGAGACUUCCCCGACUCUACGGUGGACGGGAGAGGUUGGCGAUGCGUCGCGUUUCCGGGUCUGGGGAUCUCGAGCUUUUGUCCGCGACACGUCCGCGGACAAGCUCUCGCGUCGCACUGUUCCCUGUGUCUUUCUUGGCUUUGUUCCCGACGCGCCUGGAUGGCAGUUUUACCACGUCACCUCGCGCCGGGUUCUGGCCUCUCAGGACGUCACUUUUGACGAGUCCGUCCCCUUCUACCGCCUCUUCCCCUACCGCACUGCCCCGCUCCCCCCCCGCCUCUCUUCCUCGCUCCAGGUAGACCCGGGUGAGCCUGUCGAGGUAGCUGUUGACUCGCGUCCUGCGUCUGGGGGUGCUGAGCCUGGGAGUGCUGCGUUUGAGGGUGCGGAGCCUGGGGGUGCUGAGCCUGGAGGUGCGGAGCCUGGGGGUGCUGAGCCUGGAGGUGCGGAGCCUGGAGGUGCGGAGCCUGGAGGUACUGAGCCUGGAGGUGUGGAGCCUGGGGGUGCGGAGCCUGGAGGUGCGGAGCCUGGAGGUGCUGAGUCUGGACGUGCUGAGUCUGGGGGUGCUGAGUCUGGGGGUGCUGAGCCUGAGCGUGCUCCACCUGGAGGAGCCCCCUCCUCCCAGCAGCUGCAGGAGAGGUACCUCGAGUACUGCCGCCUACGGAGAGGUGCUUCUGGAGCUCGUCCCGGUACUUCCCCUCCUACCCAGGAGCUCCCCCCCAUUCAGGUGAUCCGCGAGUGGUACACGCGGCGCUGCAGUCUUCGUAGUGGUGCUCCUGGUACUGCGGACCCGAGCGGUGGUGCUGUUGCUGGUGCUGAGGACCCGGACGCUGGAGCUGCUGCUGGUGCUGAGGACCCGGGGGCUGGAGCUGCUGCUGGUACUGAGGACCCGGGCGUUGGAGCUGCUGCUGGUGCUGAGGACCCGACCGGUGGCGCUGCUGCUGGUGCUGAGGACCUGACCAGUGGCCCUGCUGCUGGUGCUGAGGACCCGGACGUUGGAGCUGCUGCUGGUGCUGAGGACCCGACCGGUGGUGCUGCUGCUGGUGCUGAGGACUCGGGCGUUGGAGCUGCUGCUGGUGCUGAGGACUCGGGCGUUGGGGCUGCCACUGGUGUCCCUGCUGCUUCUGGAGACGCUGCGCGACCGCGACCGUACUUCGUACCGCUCCUUCAGCAGGUUCUUGGUCAGGCUCCUCCUCCUUGUCCUCCUCCCUCCGUCGAGUGUCCUCUGCCUGUCCAGCCGCAGUCACAGUUACCGCCUGUCUCGCCUCUCCCUGCUCCCUCCCCUUACGCUGGUCCCACAGGAGGUCUUACAGAGCGUCGUGAGCCUGAGUCUCGUCCUGCGUCGCCUGUUCGUACUGCUCGCACUGGUCGUCGUGUCCCACCGUGUCCCGCUGCCGUCUCCUCCUGCGUCCUCUCUUCCUACUCUUCCUGA